AUGGGGCGGAUCCAGUCUCUCACCUCGCGCAGCGCGCUUCUCUUCUUUUCGCUCGGUUCUCUCUUGUCUGGAGCAGCUGCGCAGGAUGAUUCCACAAGACUUCGGGAUUGCCUGACUGCUGCUAACCUCCAGGCCACAUUCUCUGACGCAAGCAACUGGCAAAAUGUCACCUCUCCUUGGUCUCUUCGGUUCAAUCCAGAGCCCGCCGCAGUCGUCAUUCCUCGCAACCGAGACGAAGUUGCCGCUGCUUUGGCUUGCGGCGUUGAUGCAGGUGUGAAAGUCUCGCCACUGAAUGGAGGGCAUUCCUAUGGAGCCUACGGUCUUGGUGGUGUAGAUGGCGCUCUGGUCCUAAACAUGGAACGCUUCACCGACGUGACUUAUGAUCCUGCGACAGGAUAUUUGACUUACGGUGCAGGGAACCGCGUUGGUCGCGUUGUUACAUGGGCGUGGGAGCGUUAUGGUCGACAUUUCCCACACGUUCGAGCCAACUGGGUCGGCCUUGCUGGUUCUUCCAUUGGCGGUGGCUUUGGAACAACGAGCCGUUUCCUCGGAAUUCCAAUGGACAACAUUGUCAGUGUUGAGAUGAUGCUUUACAACGGUACAGUUGUCACAGCCUCCAAGCAAAUAAACCCAGACCUGUUCUUUGUUGUCCAAGGCGCAGCCUCAUCCUACGGUAUCCUUCUGUCCUUGACCACCAAGACCUGGAAGCCGGAGUUCCAGAGCGUCACCAACUUCACGAUUUCGCUCGGAAACGUGGAUCUCGACACUGGUGCGCAAGCGCUCAUUGAUAUCCAGGAUUGGGCCAUGACUAAAGCCCCUGACACGUUCUCCCUCAGGUGGCAAUUGGCAGGAGAGUGGAACGGCAGCGGUUUCUUCUACGGCAACCCCGCCGAAUUCGACGCCAUGUUUGCCGGCCUCAUCGAGCGACUCCCAAACACGACCACCUUCACCAAAUCUGUAGCCGACUUCUGGACCAUGGAGAACUUUGCCGCACCCUCGCUCAACGGCACCUUUGACACCUUCCCAGCCCGCAGCAUGUACCUCCAGGCCCUCGUCCUCCGCUCCGACCAGCCCUUCACCUUCGAGUCCGCAAAGGCACUCUACCAAUACACCACCCUCGCCUUCAACCGCACCGACCUCACCGAAUUCGGCUUCCUGGACCUCUGGGGCGGCGUCUCCCGCGACGUCGACGACAGCGCCCAAUCCAUGGCCUACGCCAACAACCAAUGGCUCAUCCGCUGGGAAGGCCGGCUCGCAAAUGGGCUGACCCAAUGGCCGGCCGACGCCACAGAAUACAUGCAAGCCGGCUUCCGCCCCUUCCAACAGCAACUCCAGCGCGAGGGCAUCCCCCUCCGCGGCUUCGUCAACUACCGCGACACUGAGCUCACCAUUGACGAGUGGAGCGUCCGCCUCUACGGUAACAACUUUGAGAAGAUGAAGCGCAUCAAGACCCUCUAUGAUCCCCAGGGCGUCUUUACUACUCACCCGCAGAGUAUCCCUUCAUCGGCAAGCUCCUAG